AUGUCAGCAUUAUUUAAUUUGGAAUCUAUGAUAACAGUCAUAAUAUUAUGUAUAUGUACAUGUACUUAUUUAAAACCAAAAUUUCCUAAUAUUUUUGAUAAUAAGAAAAGUGGAUUUUUAGGUACUUUAGGCAAAUUUGCUAUUAUUGGUGACAGAUUAUCAAUCUAUGUAUCAAUAGCUUGUGUAAUUUUAGCCUUUGUUAAUUUAUUUUUACGAUAA